AUGGUACCCAUGCUUUCGGCAAAUCCGGUAGUGAUCUACCCAAAGGAAGGAGUUUUCUUACAGCAUGGCCGUGAGGUUAUGCCUGCGCCUAACUUUGUGACAUUGGUGUGUCACAUGAGUCCGUACAGACCGCACAAGUUGCGUAAGGACCUUUGGGUGAAGCUGGAAGCGGAGCGUCCUGUCUUCGAGAGGUUAGCUGCGGCGGCAGUAAAACGUGAGGUUGAGGUUGUGUCCUGUAUGGUGCAGGCAGGUACAGUGGGUGCUGUUACCCAUCCGAGUGGUAAGAGGGUUAGUUGUGGGCUCCCAGCGAAAGCUGGGGUAGAGGCUACACCUAUCUUUAGCGGCGGCAGUAUGUGUGAGGUUGAGGUUGUGUCCUGUAUGAUGCAGGAAGACACAGUGGGUGUUGUGACUCAUCCGAGUGGUAAGAGGGUUAGGUGCGGGUUCCCAGCGAAAGUCUCUGGCGGCGGCAGUAAACGUGAGGAUGAGGCUGUGUCCUGUAUGGUGCAGGAAGACACAGUGAGUGCUGUUACCCAUCCGAGUAGUGAGAGAGCUAGGUGUGUGCUCCCUGCAGAGGAAGCAGGGGUAGAGACCACACCCAUCUCUGCGGUAGACGCGUUUUCCACGCAGUCCUGGCAGGAUCCCAGCGGAGUGCUGGAGCAGUCUGUACGCAAGGCGGAAACCUAG